AUGGAAGCUACCGGAGUGGCAUCAGGGAUGUGGCACCUUGUGUUUGUCUAUGGAACUCUCAAGUGUGGAGAGAGGAACCACAACAUACUGAAUAACACCAACAACGGUCACUCUACACUAGUUGGCCAGGCGAGGACACUGAAGGAAUGGCCGCUGGUUCUCCUAUCCGCGUUUGAGUUACCGUGUCUCCUGCCCUGCGAAGGUGUGGGCCACGAAGUGUGCGGAGAAGUCUACCAAGUGGAUGAUCGCAUGUUGGCCGUCAUAGACCACCUCGAGUGGCACCCCCGCCUAUACAUUAGGUCGCAGGAAGACGUAGAGUUGCUUUCGCAGGGUGGCGGCAGGCUCAAAGCGUGGAUCUACUUUGUGCGUAAAUUUGACCCCGAACUGCUGUCGCUUCCUUACGUGGUCAACUUCACCGGAAAGCCGGGGACCGAGUGGCCAGAGUUUAUCGGCGACAAUGAGGAAACACGACGCUUCAUAGAGGCCACAUUUCCAGAAAUCAUCACAUCCGGGGACAUCAACGAAGGUCAGCCUUCAGAAAAGCUUCGAACAUUCUAA